UCAGCUUUAACCGUUGUGAUAAAUAAACAUCGCUAGCAUUUCUCUGUGUGCUUCAACUACACGUUUGUUUUUCCCUUCAACAUGAAGAGAAACUGCAAUCUCGAACUCCGCCUCCAUACUUCAGCGGAUUCCGACAACCACCACCACCGUUACCAACCCCUGGUGGAGGCGUCGAAUGAGAGCCGACAAUUAGAACUUGAACAACAAGAGCAGAAGCAGCUAACUAUUUUUUACAAUGGGAGGGUUUUAGUUUGUGAUGUUGCAGAACUGCAGGCUAGAGCAAUCCUAUUGCUUGCAAGUCGAGAAAUGGAGGAUAGAUUGCGAAGCCCAGUCGGGUCGGAGCCAUCUGCUUCAUCACCGAUCUCACCAUCUCAUCUUUACAGUCCGGUUGGUCUUCCAAUGAAGAGAUCACUACAGAGGUUCCUCAAGAAGCGAAAGCAUCGGAUCCAAGCAACUUUCCCUUGCAAAGUUAAAAACGAGUUAACGCAGACUGGAAGAUUGAGGAACUUUGUCUCGAGAGAAGAUCAAUGAUCCUUGAUUAAUUAAUGGCCAGGGACGUAGUUAUAUUGGUGCAUAAAGAGGUAUAGAAUCAUAAAUUCGUUGAAUUGCUGUCUAGCCACGGCUCAAUUAACGCUUAUCAGGAAUAUAUUAUUUACAGAAUUAGCUAGCGUGCAUUAGCACUGAUGUAAUAUCAUGAAUUGGAUUAUUCUUUCUCAUUUGCCAAAUUUUAAAGGAAUGUGCGGAGCCGAUACAGAAAACUAUACACAUAUGUUCCGAGGAGAUCACAACAAUGUCAAAUCACUCAUUUUAUUUCUUCUAAUCGAGCCUGUCUUAAGAUCAAGGACGCUA